ACAAUAACAAAUAAUACACAAUCAAAGAUGCUUGCUUGUGAUUGGACCACAUUUUUUGCUAUUGUUACUAUGCAAUUGCACAUUCAUCAACUCAAUUGACUCGGUGUUUGUGCUCAGAUAUUUAUCACAUUGUUGUUAAAUGCAAUAUAUCACAUGUUUGACAGGUGUAAUAUACAAUCAAUAUAUAAAUGAUAUUUUCAUAGCAACUGAGAUUUAAUGAAAAAAAAUAUUGAUGGCUAAGCUUCAAAAAACUGUGGUUAUCACAGGGUGUGAUACCAGAAGCUCAUAUGCUUAUGAACUAGCAUUGAGACUAGAUGAACAAGGAUACACAGUAUUUGCUGGCUGCACAGACUGUAAUAGUGUUGGAGCAAGAUCUCUUGCAUCCAGGGGAUCGACAGCUCUUGCAAUAUUACAGAUUGAUGUUACCAAACCUAAUGAGAUUAAUAACGCCGUGGAAAUGAUCGAAGACUCUGUUGGGGAGGAAGGUGUUUGGGCUUUAGUUAAUUGUGCCGAGGUUUUCAGUGUUGCAGAAGUAGAUUGGUGUCCCAUCGAAGAUUAUGAAAAGUCUAUUCAAGUCAAUCUGCUUGGUACAAUAAGAAUAACCAAAUCCCUACUUCAUCUAGUAAGAAGAGCUAGAGGAAGAAUUGUGAACUUGAGCAGCAUAGCAGGAUGCCUGGCACGUGCUGGUCAGUCGGCUUAUUCUUUGACAAAGUUUGCACUUGAAGCAUUUAGUGAUUCUUUGAGGCAAGAAAUGUUGAAAUGGGGAGUGUUUGUUAUUCUUGUGGAGCCUGCAUACUUUCCAGUCGGACAAUCAAUACUUUGUGAAUCAAACAUUAAUAUCAGUUUGGGAACAGUUCCUAAGAAUUUACGAGAUGUUUAUGGUGAUGACUACUUUGUUGAUUUCAUAAAUACGGUAACAGAUACUGCUAACAGUCAAUCAGCAGCUGGUACAGGGGAGCCAAGUUCAACUCCUGUAACAUCUCCAUCUCGAAAACAAGUUUCUCAGCAUGGUUCUCCUGUAUCAACAACAUCCUCAGCAACUUCUGGAUAUUCGUCUGCUUCGUCAACUUUAAAAUCUUCGCUAGAUGGUGAAAAAGCUAAUCCCAAAACAGAUUCAGUGACUGAUGUGAAAGGAGAAACCUUUUCAACACUGAAAAAUCGUGGCACACCAAAUUUAAGCAACACAAAUCGUGUACUUCAUGCUCUCGUGGAAGCAGUAUCAGCACCAUCACCAAAAGUUCGUUACUUUGUCGGUUCGUUUCAAGAUCGCAUGAUUAAAUCUCUUGCGCCGAUACUUCCGACCAUGGUUAUGGACACCUAUCUUACGUCAGGCCAGAUGUCAAAGGUCAUUCCUAAACUUAUAAAAGAGAAAAUUGAAUAAAUUGGCCUAUUUUCUUCAAACAAUUUUAUCAAAAACAUGUUGAUUGAACAUUGCUUUGGAAUUGAUUAUGCACUGACUUUAUAUGAGUAUUAUCAUCAAAGAGAGCUAUUAUUAAAGAACGAAAAGGACCUUGUGAAAAACAUCUUUCAACAAACUCUCUGAGAACACAGCUUAUAGCAAGCACUUUGUCAAUUAUUCAAAGAGCAACCUACACAAAGGGGACAUUGUUGACUUUUAUGCAUGUUUCGACCUUUAUUUCUCAUUAUGUCAUAACGUAAAUUUUGUAAAAAUUAUUUAUUUUGUGAGUAUGUGAGACUUUCUGCAAAAUAUGCGUUGCCCAUGAUGCAAAUAAUGAUAAGCGGAAAGUAUAUGAUAGAUAUAAAUUAGGUUCAUGACGACGAUGGAAACUUGCAUUUUGUACUCUGCUCAUCAUUUAUAUUGGUCUAUUUGUUUGUUCUGGGUUGUGUACAUUUUUAUAUGUUUUUUGUCUUGCCAUUCCGCUUUUAGAGAUUAUUUGCUUAAUUGUUUGUAUUUAUGUCCUAGCAUUUCCAAAUCAUUAUUCUUGUUACAUGUUAUGAAAUUUGUGUUCUUCACAUUCAAGUUUUCAAACAAAGUCUCGCAUGAGAAAAGAGGUUCACCACGCAAAGGCAUCCCACACCUCAGAACGUCAGACGUAUACUGUGAACAUCAUAUAUGUAACUUUGGCCGCUUUUUGUUUAUUUUUAGUGAGCAUAUUAUAUUGAAAUGGUAAUAAUUAUCCGUGUCUUUUUGGAUUUUUUAUUUAUUUUCCCACAUGUAGAAGUUGUAAUUCCUUUUCUAAACAAUUUUGAUUCACAAAAAUAUCAUUUUAUGUAAAUUUCAAAAUCACACAACUCAAAGUUCAGACUUUAUAAAUGGGAGCUUAGUUUAAAUGUGUAGAAUAAAUUGAGAGGAUGGCCAAAUAAUUCAACAAUUUAAACAGAAAAUUAAUAAGGUUUAUGCUUUCCUAAAAAAAAAAAUUUGUCAAAAUUUGGGCAGGUUAAGGGUUGGUAUUUUGAUUCCAAAUUCUUUUAAACUGGAAGUAAAUUUUAUUAAAAUCUUCGAUUAUGAUUCUUGAACUUCAUGCGUCCUUUCCAUAAUUCCAUUGCCUUCAUUAUAUUACAAGUUGAAAAUUAAAAUACAUCCUGAUUCUCCGAUCAUAAAUUGUUUCAAAAAAUCCUUUCUUGGAAAAAAGACCAAGAUUUUCUUUGUGGUGUGGCUUGGCAAUUUUGGAUUAUCAUUAAAUUAUUAUCAGAUUCAGGAUCCUCCACAUUUAUAUUCAUCCAUUGUAUUGACGUGAAACACGUACUAUUUUCUUUCAAAACCAUAUCAUGUUCUAUCGUUCUUGUUCUUUUGAUCUUUCUCUAAAUAAAAUAGAAUCGAAUAUACAGUUCCAUGA